GAUAACCCCAUCGAUAGUUCUCCAUCACUACUACCAAAAGUGCGACGACCCAUUGCUUGCGGACGGGUAAAGGAAGUUCUUAGUAAAAUCAUAAAUUUGUGCCAAUUUAACUAAAAAUAAAAUACAAUUUUAGAAAAUAAUAGUAAAUCAAUUACGUACGCAAACAAAUUUAAACUUUUCUUGCAUUUUGUGCUUUCAAGCACUACCGAAAAAUGGAAAAUUUCUAGAGGAUGAAAUUUUUUUCUCGUGCAAACAUUUUUUUCAGCUGCCAUAGCAAGUACAUUAGUAAAACAAAGGGAAAGUCAUGAGCGUGACUGAGAUGAAUGCAAUCGCAAUUUUCGAAUAGAGUUGAGCUUCUUUGACAAGUGUUUAACCAAGCAGAAGCUGGAAAUUCAAUGCCGUAUUAAAACGAAAACAAAAGCGAAACACUGCAAUAGAAAUAUACAAUAAAUAGGAAGAACUGCACAAAGAAGAAAAAGUGGAAGUGGAGUUAACGCCGACUGCUGUGGCGAGUGUAAACUCCAAGUGGAAAAGAGCGACGUCUAUUACCGAAAAUGGCGUUCUAUUCGGGCUGGUUUGGUCCCUUUCCCUUUAACUCGAAUUCAAGGACUCUUUAGGAAAAACUCGAAUAGCUUUAAAAAACAAAUGUGUUAAAGACUGUAUAAUAUAUCAAAAAUGGAAGCUAUGCAUGUACAAAAUACAAGAAAAAUCUAAGUGGGUGAAAACUAGUAAAGGAUAAUUAAUACUAAGAUAACUGGUCUCCUAAUGUAUGUAUGAACAAUUUGAAAUACCGUUUAAAAAUAUUUCUGACCCUUUGAAUAUUCCUAACAUCAUAUAAGGAAAAAUGCCCAGCGCUUCCUUCACUUCGUCGCGCUCGUACGUGCGCCGCUCCCGACGUAAAGGUGCUAACCGCAUAGCUUUACCCAAUCGUCCGUCCGGUAACAUAAUGGAUCCUAUGCUGCAAAACAUGCCCGGACCUAGUGCUUCGUCAAACUCAAACUCAAGUACAAGCUCCAAGGCUUCGCAACAAAAUAAUAUAAAUCCGACUAUGUCCAAUGUAUCGUCUGCAACUGGGAAUGCGUCGACAAUUCCGUCUGGUUCACUCUCGACAUCGCCAUCAUCAUCGUGUUCCUCGGGCGACACUUCAUCGCAAUCGGCUGCAAUUGUUCUUAGCACAUCCUCAGCCGCAAUGGCAGCAUCAGCAGCUGCAGGUGCUGUAUCAUCCGAAAUGUUUGUAGAUGUUUCUGGUGCCUCUUGUUCACAGUCGUCGACAUCGUCUGGAUCUUCAACCUCCAGUGGCAAUUCAGCUUCCUGCAAUUUUGGCCAAGCGGGCGGACAAAAAAUGCUAGGUGGCACUUGUUCGAGUAACUUAAUGAGCUCGUCGUCUUUAAACACAGGCGGAGGUUUUGUAGGAGCACAUAUGAUGGAUACAGAAACAAGUAGCAACUGUCCAGGUUCCUCGAAUAGCGCAUCAAAUAAUAGUGCAGGCACUUCUAGUAGUAUAAAUAAUGCUACAUGCAAUCCUAUUUUUUCGAGUUCAGUGCCGUGUAGUUCAUCAACAAAUAUGUCAAAUGUAACUGCUUCUAUAUCUACCAGUGUGGCCAGUUGCUCACAUCAAUCACCGUACGACCUGCGAAGAAAGAUGCCCUCCAAUGGUCACGAGCAAUGGUGUAACACGAGCAUUGCUUCAAAUCUUUCUUCUCCAUCUGCUUCCAAUACUCUUGCCAACAACAGCACUUUAGGUGCAUCACCCAAUACUAGUAAUAGUAGCUCACAAUCUGUUUCCUGUGGUUCACCGCCACAUCUCGGUGGAAAUAGCAAUAUUGCAUCCAUUUCUGCUCUGCCGUCAUCAUCCUCUUCAUCGUCAGCCAUUGUACACGCGCCAUUAACUAGUGCCACAUUUCCCGUAAAUUCACCUACUACCGGUGCACCAUUAGGGCCAUCACCAACAGUUCACAGUUCCAUACCACAGCAACAUUGCAGUGCUCUGCCGAUUGGCGGCAUUGAGGACAAUAAUUUCAUGUUACCAGCACGCAAACGUUCACGCCGUCUAUAUGCACAAACUGCUGAUAUGCCUUGUAUGGCUGCUUGUACAGGAGCGACAACGCCCACUGGCCCAACUGCUGCGCAAUAUUUACAAUAUGAAAUGCCGGACGAAGUACUGCUUGCCAUAUUCUCAUAUCUUUUGGAACAGGAUUUAUGCAGGCUAGCCCUAGUUUGUAAACGGUUUAAUACUAUUGCUAAUGAUACUGAAUUGUGGAAGAGGUUAUAUCAAUCGGUAUUUGAAUAUGACAUGCCACUCUUCAAUCCCGAACUAUGCAAGUUUGUAUUCGAAAAGCCGGAGGAAUCUGAAUAUGCAAAUCCAUGGAAAGAGAGUUUCAGACAGCUGUAUCGUGGUAUACAUGUUCGAGCAGGUUUUCAGGAUAAAAAAUAUUCCGGACGUAGUAUUUUGUUCUUCAAUACCAUACAGGCGGCAUUGGACUACCCAGAAGAACGUGCUGCUGCAGCAAUAGCAGCGGGGUCCACCACUUCCAAUGCUUCUGCGAAUGUCUCUAACUCAACUAGUAGUGGUGGUGGAAAUGUCAAUGCGUUAGUCAGCAUUUUUGAGGAUAAUAUUCCACCUGCUGAUCAUCCAGGGCCACUGAUUUUCCUCCAUGCUGGCCAUUACAAGGGCGAAUACUUAUAUAUAGAAACAGAUGUUGCUUUAAUUGGCGCGGCGUCUGGUAAUGUUGCCGAAUCCGUCGUUUUGGAGCGUGAAGCCGGUUCAACAAUGAUGUUUGUUGAAGGCGCCAAAUAUGCUUAUGUUGGUUAUUUGACUCUUAAAUUUUCACCGGAUGUCACAUCUACAGUGUCUCACCACAAACAUUACUGUCUCGAUAUUGGAGAAAACUGCUCUCCGACUGUAGAUAAUUGCAUAAUACGUAGCUCGUCGGUGGUAGGCGCCGCAGUGUGUGUUAGCGGUGUUAACGCUAAUCCAGUCAUACGCAAUUGCGACAUAAGUGACUGUGAAAACGUCGGUCUUUAUGUGACGGAUUACGCUCAAGGAACUUAUGAGCACAACGAAAUCAGUCGUAACGCUUUGGCUGGUAUUUGGGUAAAGAACUUUGCCAGUCCUAUUAUGCGAGAAAAUCACAUUCACCAUGGGCGUGAUGUAGGGAUAUUUACAUUUGAGAAUGGCAUGGGAUACUUUGAGAAAAAUGACAUACAUAACAAUCGAAUUGCUGGCUUCGAAGUAAAAGCUGGCGCAAAUCCUACUGUAGUCAAAUGUGAGAUACAUCAUGGACAGACAGGUGGGAUUUACGUGCAUGAGAAUGGAUUGGGUCAAUUCAUUGAGAAUCGCAUACAUUCGAACAACUUUGCAGGCGUCUGGAUAACCUCUAAUAGUAAUCCAACCAUACGCAAGAAUGAAAUUUACAAUGGGCAUCAGGGGGGUGUUUACAUCUUUGGUGAAGGUCGAGGUCUUAUAGAGCACAACAAUAUUUAUGGCAACGCCUUAGCCGGCAUACAAAUACGUACAAAUAGUGACCCGAUAGUUCGUCACAACAAAAUUCAUCACGGCCAACAUGGGGGCAUUUACGUGCAUGAAAAAGGACAAGGCUUGAUUGAAGAAAAUGAAGUAUACUCGAACACUUUAGCUGGCGUUUGGAUAACGACAGGCAGUACCCCGGUUUUGCGGCGAAAUCGCAUACAUUCUGGCAAACAGGUUGGCGUAUAUUUUUAUGAUAAUGGACACGGCAAACUUGAAGAUAACGACAUAUUUAAUCACCUAUACUCGGGUGUACAAAUACGUACUGGUAGUAAUCCAGUUAUACGUGGCAACAAAAUUUGGGGUGGACAAAAUGGUGGCGUAUUAGUUUACAAUGGUGGUCUCGGUCUAUUGGAACAAAACGAAAUAUUUGAUAACGCAAUGGCUGGUGUGUGGAUAAAAACCGAUUCGAAUCCGACACUAAAGCGAAACAAGAUAUAUGACGGACGUGAUGGCGGCAUUUGCAUAUUCAAUGGCGGCAAAGGUGUACUUGAAGAGAAUGACAUCUUCCGCAAUACCCAAGCUGGUGUUCUCAUCUCUACGCAAUCGCAUCCAAUUUUGCGACGCAAUCGUAUUUACGAUGGUCAAGCAGCUGGUGUUGAAAUCACAAACAAUGCAACCGCCACUUUAGAGCAUAAUCAGAUUUUCAAAAAUAAAUUCGGUGGCUUAUGUCUAGCGAGCGGCGUACAACCUAUUACACGUGGUAACAAUAUAUUCAACAACGAAGACGAAGUCGAAAAGGCUGUUUCGGGUGGUCAAUGCCUGUAUAAAAUUAGCAGCUAUACUUCAUUUCCAAUGCAUGACUUUUAUCGUUGCCAAACCUGCAAUACGACGGAUCGCAAUGCCAUUUGUGUUAAUUGCAUUAAGAAUUGCCAUGCAGGACACGAUGUGGAAUUCAUAAGACACGAUCGCUUCUUUUGCGAUUGCGGCGCUGGUACGCUUUCAAAUCAGUGUCAAUUGCAAGGCGAGCCGACUCAAGAUACGGAUACACUCUAUGAUUCGGCAGCACCUAUGGAAUCUCAUACGCUCAUGGUGAAUUAA